AUGCUGCCGCUUAUCACCAUACUGGACGUCGAAAUACUCGAGGAACAAUCAACUAUCGCCUCGAGGGUCGCGUUUUUUAGUCUCAAGAACCUGCGCCAGCAAUGCAAAGUCUUUGGCCUCGUGACAGGGAACUUGUACAAGACCAGUCUCGUUGCCAUGCUCAAAAAGCUUCCCACCCAACCUGUCGUCUACGAGGGCUUCGACGUCGAGGAUUUGGUCAAAUUUACUCUUGACAGACAUCUCGAGCUCACCAAAUCCGCUGAGUGCCAUCUGACUGAGUACGAGUCCGCCCGUGCAACUUUCAUCCAGGCACGUACGAAGUCGGAGGAAAGGCGACCAAAGUCUCUCGUCCAACAUCUGGAAGCUGCAGACCGCGAGUUGCGAUUUGAUUUCCUCGGUCUGCCUGCAGAACUGCGUGACAUGGUAUAUCGCAUGGUUUGCAUCAGCUCUGCCAUCAUCAUUCAACCCGCGCGUCAGCCUGCCAUCGCCAAGACAUGUCAGCUGCUACGACACGAAGCUCUUGCCGUCUACUAUGGUGUCAACAGAUUCAGCGUGGCCGUCGAGAAGUAUGUCCGCCGAUCGCACAUGAAGCAGAAUGCCUGGUUCCAGAGCCUCCAACCAUGUCAUCUUGCAUCCGUGCGCUCUUUCUCCUUUACAUACCCCGGUGCCAACAGCGUUUUGAACAUCGACUUUGACAUUCGUGGCCAGAAGUUUAGCAUCGUACGCAUGAGCUGGACUAGUUCCCACCAUGCCGCCCAAAUACUGAAAGCCUACUUGGCCAAUCCUGGAGUCCCCACUGUCGCCUACAACUGUCUAAUCUACCAUGUCAGAGCCACGAGAAUGGGCAGUACACUGCAAGCCCAAUUUCCCUAUAGCCAGGUCUCCUCCGCUUUCCUCGCAGCCUUCAACGCCAGUGUGAACAAAAGAGUCGGACAAGCUACAAAGCCCACGGCCGCUGAUAAACCCACUACAAGGUCGAAGGAAUGGACACUUCUGAGCGAUGAGUGGCAAGCUCGCAAGGGGUUUUCGGCCUCUAGCAUCAAGAGAGUUGCUGCCAUGUUGGCUGAAAACAUGACGGAUGUGAAGAACCUCUGGGUUGGUGAGUUCCAGGACUGAGCGCAUGGCGGAUGAUUCAUUUAUCAGAGGAGUCGUGGUCGGCCGGGUGCUUCUUCUGUCUAGUACAGUAAAUUAUCACUACAAUG